AUGGGUCUUCCAAUGCCUACCCGUCUGUUGCUGCUUCUCUUCGCUUCAGCUGUCCUUGCACAAACAGAUUGCUGCAAGUUUACUCUUUCUGCUUCCCCUUCGUUUCCACAGCCUGCCGGUGAACUUCAAGAUGGGCAGAUCCGUUUCAAUGGCUCUUACCCGCAGUCAACCUUCUGCCUCAAGAAAGAUGGCGGAUUUGUGGACGGCAACGGCUUCGGCUGUAUUGUAACAGGACCACCUGAAACUCAGAUCCAGUGUGACCAGGGCAAGAGUCCUGAUAAAGACUUCUCUGUCAGCUCAAACAACACACUGUUGUAUAAGGGCUCGCCCAGCUUCUUCGCCUGCCCCGCAACAGACACAGAGUACAACAUCUACGUGGCUCCCAACUUCAACCAGUCCAAGUGCUUUCCCAUCACACUCACUACAAGUGGUUGUGGAGCCACCAACACUACGUGCCCACCACCAACCACCAUCUGGAUGAAAGAAUGGGUGACCGAGACGGUUCCGCAGAGCGUCACCUUUACGUUCACCACCGUGACCUCGUGCGGCGGCAACUCAACCGCAAUGCCCACUUCUGGUGGAUGGAAUGGGACCGCUUCUGCACCAACGAAGGGCCCUGAAGUGAGUAACACCAUGACUGGAUCUAUGAGGAUUGCCACUGCUGGCGGUAGCACUGGGCGUGCGAAGCUCUAG